AUGUUUGAUGGGUCGAGUACUAGUGAAGGCUCAGGAGCUGGCAUCAUGCUAAUAUCCCCAAUAGGGAAUCAAAUUUCAUUUUCUUUCUUUUUGGAUUUCAAGUGCUCAAAUAAUCAAGUCGAGUAUGAAGCAUUGAUUAUCGGCUUGGAAAUUCUGCUAGAAAUGGCAGUCAAAGACGUUCACAUUGUGGGAGAUUCGUGUUUAGUGAUUAAUCAAAUCUCAAAAGACUUUAGAUGCUUGAAUUGGCAAUUAAGACCAUUCCAUUCAUUGGCAACCCAAUUGGUCAACCAAUUUUAUAAUGUGACUUUGGAAUAUAGACCAAGGGCCAUGAAUAAAAUAACUAAUGAUUUAGCACAGACUGCUUCAGGAGUCAGGGUGCCGAGUGGUAUGAAGGAAAGGAUAAUGAAAAUUACAUGCCGAUCUCUUCCAUCGGCUGAAGCAAGAAAUCAAAUUAUGGAAGAAGUCUUUGCCACUGAUGUUGCCGAGUUGGAUGAUGAUGAUUGGCGAAUCCCUUACAUCCUGUUCUUACAACAUCCAACUCUAGAAGUCGAUCGAAGAAUAAAAAGAAGUGCAGUCGAUUAUGUUCUUAUAGAUGGAGAUCUUUAUAGGAGAUCGGCUGAUGAUGGCUUAUUAUUUCAGUGUAUUAGCAAGUUUGAAAGUUUAAAGAUUAUGGCAGAAGUGCAUGAAGGAAUAUGUGGAGCUCACCAAGCCGGUAUCAAAAUGAGAUGGUUGAUACGCCGAUAUGGAUAUUAUUGGCUUGGAAUGAGAAAAGAUUGUAUGACCUAUACAAAGGGCUAUAUAGAUUGUCAAAAGAACGGCCCAAUGCAGUGGGUUCCAGCAAUAGAGAUGCAAUUGUUAGUUAAACCGUGGCCUUUUAGAGGUUGGGCCAUGGACUUAAUCGGCAAGAUUAAUCCUCCAUCAUCAAAGGGUCAUCAUUGGAUAAUUUUAGCUACCGAUUAUUUCACUAAAUGGGUAGAAGUCGAGGAAUAUGUCUCAGUAACUCACAACACGGUGAUACAGUUUCUGGAGCGACAUAUCUUUCACCGAUUUGGUUUACCAGAAACAAUUGUUGCCGAUAAUGAAUCUGUGUUUCGAGCAAAUGAAGUGUUACAACUCGGCAUUGAUAUGCAAGUAAAAAUGGUAACUUCAACACCCUAUUAUACUCAAGGGAAUGGCCAAACAGAGGCUUCAAAUAAAGUUGUUAUUGAAAUUAUUGAGAAAAUGAUAAAAGAUAAGCCAAGGCAUUGGCAUAAAACCCUUUCAGAAGCUUUGUGGGCUUACAGAAAUUCAAAGCGAACAAGUACAGGGACAACUCCUUAUCGGCUUACAUUUGGCCGUAACGUUGUGUUGCCGAUGGAGUUAAAUGUAAAAUCGGCAAGAGUAGCUUUACAACACAAUCUUAUACUUAUCGAUUACAACGAAGCUAUGCUUGCCAAGUCAGAAGAUUUAGAUGAAGUCCAAAAACUUGCUUUAGACGACCUUAUGGUCCAUAAAGCAAAAGUAAUGAGGGCUUACAACAAAAGGGUGAAGUUCAAGUCAUUUGCAGAGAGUGAUAUGGUUUGGCAAACAAUUCUUCCACCUGGGAAGGUGGAUAGAGUUUAUGGCAAGUGGUUACCUACUUGGAAGGGUCUAUAUUUGGUUCAUCAAGUAUUGCAUGGAGGCUUACAGGUUAAAAGAUCUAGAUGGUGA